GCCGCCAUGCGUAUCGCAACUCGCUGCUCGCCCUGUCGAGCCUCGGCACACUGUCAAUUUACCGAUCUGGGUUCCGCAACACAUACGGGGUGGUAAUGGGGUCCCCGGACGUUGCUAUCAGCUGGAGACUUCCAGCGAAAUCGGGAUCGGCAUAGUUCGCAUAGUUCGGGAUCGGCGAACCCAUGCCGAUACCGAUAUGAUGAAGCUUUGAUUACUUUCUUGGUGAAUAAAAGCCAUGCCACUACUCACUCGAGGCAUUUCCUUAUUGACAACCUUCAUGAUUUCGAUUACCAACCGAAGUCGACACCAUGAGUCAAUCCAGCAUAUUGGACCGACUUUCGGCGCUCGACACCAAUACGUUGUCUGAUGCCUUGGAUUUUCUAGGCCUUCAAGGAGCCACAUACGGCCUGCGGCCACUCUGGGACUGUCCAAAGAUUGUUGGACGCGCAAGCACAGUGAAAGUGGGCCCAAAGACUGAUGCUGCUCCCUCGGCCCAUCUUCUCACCCCGGUGAUAGAUGCGGUAAUGACGGAUGAUCGCAUUCUCGUCAUCUCCGGAGGCAUAGAUGGCAUCUCGUGCUGGGGCGAUAUCCUCGCUAAUGCCUCGAAAGCGAAACGCAUCCGUGGAACCAUCAUCGAUGGCAUGAGUCGCGACAUCGACGGCAGCCGUGAGGUCGGCUAUCCCGUUUACGGUCGUGGCGUGACUAUGAUCAGCGCGCGUAAUCGACUGGUGCAAGUUUAUUCCGGUACACCGCUGCAGAUACGCGGCAUCAUGGUCAACCAAGACGACUAUGUUAUCGCCGAUAGAUGCGGGGCAGUGUUCGUCCCGGCGAAGCGCAUUGAAGAGGUCUUGGAAUUGGGCGAGCGGAUCGACCGUCGCCAGAGCCUUAUGAUCCAGGCCGUUCGAGCCGGUCACCCCGUGUCAGAGGUCAUGCAUGACACGCAAUUUGAAGCCAUCUGCGAGAGUACACCAUCAUUGGCAGUCGCGACAGCCGCGCGAUCUUCCACCCGAAAUCCCAAGAAAGCUAAGGCCGAGGAUCAAGAGUUGGUAGCGCUGUUCGCUGAUUCAGACACCCCUGGAGUCUCUGACGCGCUUGAUAAGCUUGGGAUUCCGGGACAGGCGUUCGGUAUUAUGCCUCUGACUGACUCCAAAAAGGUUACCGUCGGUCCGGCCUUCACUGUUCGUUAUGUACCCGCCAGCGAGCCGCCGGGAAGCGUUGGCGAUUUCAUUGACGACGUUGCCAUAGGCGAUGUGGUAGUCAUCGACAACGGUGGCCGCUCCGAUUGUACCGUUUGGGGCGACAUAAUGACUCAGUACGCCGGAAUACGAGGCGUUGCUGGAGCUGUUAUCGACGGUGUGUGCCGCGAUGUGAACCGUGCGAUUGAGGAUGACUACCCGCUUUUCACCGCUGGACGUUGGAUGCGAACCGGCAAGGACCGGGUUCAGGUGGGAGGGGUCAACGAGUCGAUCGGCAUCGGCAAGGUACGUGUCAACCCUCGCGAUAUCGUUGUUGCCGAUGCAAACGGUGUCGUUAUUGUUCCACGCGAUCGAGCGCGUGAGGUGGCCGAAAUCGCACGAAGGAUCGAGGAAAGUGAAGCCGGAAUCCGAGAAAUGAUCGCUGGCGGAUCCACAAUCUCAGAGGCGCGAGAGAAGCUCGGUUAUCACACACUGCAGCGUAAGGGAUAAAGGUUAGCAGAAAAAGGUCCCCUGGCGACGAGACAUUGGGAACAUAAGCUGCUUCCUCUGGUUUAGUUAACACUCUUCCAAAUUAC